AUGUACCUCAUAAGAAAACCAGCUCAAUCAUCGGUUAGGUUCUCUUUCAAUUCAGCUAAAAGGUUUUACAGCGAUGUUAAAAUUACCCCGGAAGUUCGUAAAGUGAAACCACGGUGGUUUUACGCCACCGAUAUUCCCAACACAAAACCGUUUGGCAUAGAGUAUCAGUUGAAAAAGAGGCCUACCAAGUUUCUACCAUUCACGUCAUCAGACUCAGAUAGAAUAGAGGAAGCGUUUAUAAAAUUUCAAGCUAAGCUGCCAGAAAGUAGAAGGUUUGUGAAUGUCCACGAAGAUGGAAUGUUCUCUGUCGAUUUAAUGAAUAGGAUUCUCAAGCCUGCUUACUGGGAGGGCUUAACCUAUGAGGUUCGAAGGGGUGUAUGGUUCCUGGAUGAUAAUCUACCGCUACCAGAUUUAUUGUCAGAGCAGAUUGAAGAAUAUUAUGCUAAAUAUAGACCCGACUAUUUUUUGGGCAAAGACAUGGAAAAUCGUAAACAUUCAUUACCUGGGAUAAAAUUGAAGUCAGAAAAAGAGCUAUACACUUUGUACUCGAAGAAGUACCUGGGGGGACCAAGGAAGUGGCCAUAUAAGGAGUUUGACGAUCUGAGUGAGGUUCCCAAGACACUGCAUUUUAAAUCAGAAAAUGAAGCGUUGUUGAUUAACGAAGGGAAGCUUUUGCCGGAUAUGAUUGUUGAAAGCUUUAAAGGAUAUUCUAGUAUCUUUGGUAUGUAUUCCAUAAAAAGAGGUUAUGAGAAGAAAAAGAACUUAGCUGAUGAGAAUACCAACAAGAAGUCAGAAACACCCUCCAAUUCGGCUAUUUCACAUAAGAUCGAAAAAAUUGGCGAGGAGCUUGAGCUUGACGAGCUGUCCAGCGAUAUAAAUGUGAAGUUGCAGCAAAUAAUAGAGAAGGACUAUAGUAAUGAGACUGUCAAAAUCGAAAACAGCAAAGAUAGAGAGAUUGACCAUUUAGUCCUUUGUGUGCAUGGUAUCGGUCAAAGCUUAAGCUCCAAGUCAACAUCUAUCAAUUUUGCACAUGAUUGCAAUCAUCUGCGGAAGCUCUUGAAGGAAGAGUUCAUCAAGAAAUCCUCUUACUUUGUGCCUUUGGCAUAUGGCAGAGAAGCUGGAAAAGACGAAAAACUGAAAAACUGUAAAGUUCAAGUGUUGCCAAUUAUUUGGAGAUACGAUAUAGACUUUGGUUUGGACAAGCUAUAUGAAGAAUUUGAUUCAAAUGGUGACUAUAGAUUACCUAGGUUAUCUGAUAUAAACAUCAAUUCUGUUACACCAUUAAGAAAUAUAGCAGCUGAUGUUGUGCUCGAUGUUCUGUUGUUCUAUGAACCUAAGUUCCAUGCCAAAAUUUUAGAGAGUGUCAUCAAGUCAGCAAACAAAAUAUACGAUAAGUAUUUGGAAAACCAUCCUAAUUUCAAAGGAAAAGUGUCUAUAUUAGGCCAUUCUCUUGGGUCAGCUAUAACACUUGAUAUUUUAAGUCAACAACCUGACACAAUACCUAAGGGUAAGGAUUUCAAUCCACAGAAGCAUCUCAAGUUUGAUGUUGAAAACUUCUUUGCAAUAGGAUCACCAAAUGGGGUAUUUAAAUUUAUCAAAAGAGAAAAUAUCCAUCCAAGGAGAAUGAGGGAAAACAGGUCUGGGAACGCACCAGAGGCUGGUGUUGUUUAUCCAAAGGUGGAGAACCUUUAUAACAUUUUCUAUGCCACAGAUUUAGUUGCGUAUCGUAUCGAGCCAAUUAUCCAUUCAUCUAUGAAUAGAGUUAAGCCCAAACAGUACCACAGCUUACCAGAGGAUAACAUGAUUACAAACAAAUUGAAGGAUAUAUCCAAAGCAUCUACUGGUCUAUUAUCGAAUUCAGUUGUUAAGAAAAUUGUAAGCAACACUACCGGAUGGAAAGAUUUGAAAGUUCCUGAUCCUACUGAAGCUUUUAAGGAAACUGAAACAAGCGUCCAUGCUAGUGAGCAUGUGAAAGAACUCAUGUUUGGACUAAAUAAAAACGGGCGUGUCGAUUACAUGCUUCCGCAAAGUAUGUUCGAUAUAGAUAUGAUUAGCGCCAUUGGCUCUCAUGUACAGUAUUUUGAAGAUGCUGAUGUUGCCGAUUUCCUACUCAGUGAGCUUUGGAAGAAGCCUCCAGCUACUAGGAAGAAAGAUCUAAUUGGUGUAUUGGCUGACCAACAAGAGGAGGAUGAACAUCCAAAGAGUGAAAGCCAGGCGGGUCAAGGGGAAAGACACUAG